AUGCCAGUUGGGUGUCUGGAGACCCCGGUGCUGGCCGGCAGCGCCUGUUUGGCUGUCCUAGGGGCACUGGUCCUGUACAAAGGGGAGCCCGCGGGCUACGGGAAGUAUUUGGAGAGUCUGAUGCCUGCCAGUGUCCGCCUGUCGGCCGGUGCUGCUUGGUUCCUGCAGGAGCUGCCCGCCUUUGCGGUGCCCCUGGCCAUCCUCAUUCAGCAGUCCUCCUUCUCUUUCGGCACGCCCGGGACCAUGCUCUUGGGCCUGUUCUGCGUACAUUACUUCCACAGGACGUUCAUUUACUCGAUUGUCACUAGAGGGAGGCCUCUUCCAGUUGUAGUCAUUGUCAGAGCCUUUGUGUUCUGCUUGGGAAAUGGACUCCUUCAAAGCUACUAUCUGGUUUACUGUGCUGAGUACACCUCUGACUGGUACACAGAUAUACGAUUCAGCUUGGGAGUCCUCUUAUUUCUUUUGGGAAUGGGAAUCAACAUUCAUAGUGAUCAUAUUUUACACAAUCUCAGGAAGCCUGGAGAAACUGCUUACAAGAUUCCACAAGGUGGAUUGUUUACAUACGUGUCUGGAGCCAAUUUCUUUGGUGAGAUCAUGGAAUGGUUUGGCUAUGCCCUGGCUACCUGGUCCCUCCCAGCACUUUCAUUUGCAUUAUUCUCACUCUGCUUUCUUGGACUACGAGCUUUUCAUCACCACAGGUUCUACCUUAAGAUGUUUGAAGAUUACCCUAAAUCUCGGAAAGUCCUUAUCCCAUUCAUCUUUUAA